GAGGCGGCCGUGGACAUCGCCGCCGAAAGCCGGCUUGACUGGCGGCUCCAGGCGUGUUUUGGCUGCUCGCUGCGCGCACUGCUUUUCGGGAUGCUUCUCCCGCUGUAAUGUAAACUACCGUGUUCUGCUUUCUGCUUCGAGCGCGUGUGUGUGUGUGUGCCGUGGUGUGCUGUGUGAGCAUUGUGCGCUAGCCAAGGGGGGGUGUCUCGGAUGUGCAACGAUCUGUUGUUUUCUCGGCGGAAAAAGGAACGAAGAAAGGCUCCGGUGUUCCGUCUGGAGGAGGAGGAGGAAAAGCGCCUCAGCGGCGAAAAAUUCCGGAGGAAGACGUAGCGUCGCUGAGUUUCGUCUGCCCGUCGCCAGAGGUGCUUUGUGCCGCUGUGGCUACCGCCAGAUCGCACCUCAUUCGUAUGGACGCCGCCGCCAUGGUGCCUGCCUGGAACAACCAUCGAGAACCGUGUGAGGUGCUCGGCGUGAUGGAUGCUUCCCCGGCGUGCACGCCAGGCGCGUGAUUGGCGGCAGGGGACUAGAGUGCCUCCGCUCAUAGGGCGAGGGGCGCCAACCAGCACGAGUCCGAGAUGUCCUGGACGCAAUGUCUCACGGCGAGCUUCUUUGUCCUGCUCUGCUUGUGUCCACGAGUAUGGCUGCUAGCCUGCCGUUCUAUCUUCUCUCCCAUCUCUGGAGACAUGCCCAGGGACUUCAGCCUGAAAGUGGGAGACCCCCUGGUGCUGAACUGCACCCUGACCGUGUCCAAGUUCUCGCUGCCCAGCCUCUUCGGCGGCAACACGACGUACGAAGUGAAUGGCAGUCAUCUCGCGCUCAAGUUCAACGACAGCUACGUGCCCCAAGACCGGCUCAUCUACGGGCACUCGUCCAUCCUGUUCCGCAAGGACAGUGCCGAGUACAGCGACACCGGGACCUACUACUGCAACCUGAGGGUCCCCGACCGCACCCUCCACGUCUGCGCAACGUUAGUCACCGUCGGAGAGAAACCGUCGCAAGUGGAGGACUUCAAGUGCAUCAGCUACCUCUAUAGGAACCUGACGUGCUCGUGGAGGAUUCCAGAAGCGAGCGUCAGGUCCAAUUACACUCUGCGAGAGAUGUUUAGACCGAUAGAGUCGCGCGAGGGUUCCUAUCGAGAGUGCCCCACGACCAAGGAGCUCAGAACGCCGUCGUCGUGCACGUGGAACCUGAGCGACAAGCCGCUGUACCGCAAGGAGGCCCCGAGGUUCCACUUCAUCCUGACCGGAUGGAACGCACUGGGCUCUCGCAACUGGUCCUACACCUACGACCACCUGGAGAUCCUGAAAAUUUCUGAGCCCACGGAGUUUAGGCGGAGCGCUGUCACGGAGCGCAGCAUCACUGUCGAUUGGAGCCCUCCGGCGGAGCAGGCCGAAAACCGAAAACUUCAGGUGUCCUACGAGAUCGGCUACCUGUCCCAGUACGAGGAUGAGUGGAAGGAGAUGCACAUUUUGAACAAGACGUCCCUGAUGGUGCAAGGCCUGACCCCAUACACCAACUACACCUUCCGACUGAGGGCCAGGGCAUCCAGGGCAGUCAUGGCGGAGCUCUGGACUGAGAGCGUCUUCCUGGUGCAGGAGACCCUGUCGGAUGUGCCAGAUUCGCCACCUAGGAUAUCCGAGAGUGGCUUCAAGGUGCAGAAUUACCAGAGCAAGCGAAGCAUAACACUCAACUUCGAGACGGUUCCCAGGAAGCACUGGUGCGGGGCCAUGCUAAAGUACCUGGUGGAGUGCUGCGAGGAGAAUCCACUGGAGGACAGGUGCGAGAACAAGACGUCGCAGGUGCCCACCGUCACCUUCGAGAAUCUCCUUCGCAACGCGGCCUACAAGUUCCGGCUCUGGUCCCUCAACGAGAACGGCCUCUCCAGGGUUCAUUCUAGCAUGCGCGUGGACCGGCACGACGACCUGAUGAAUGCUCCGCAAGACAUCAAGGUCAUGGCACUGUCUUCCGGAGAGUACGAGGUGUCCUGGAGGCCUCCAGUGACGGGCCGCGUUCUGUCUGGCUCCUCCCCCGCUUUGAGCUCCGGCUUCGAGGAGGCCGAGGCUCCAUCUCCAGGCUACACAGUGUUCUGGUGCCCGCGCAUGCUGCCCCGUUCGUACAGCUGCAACCAGUCGCUGGAGUGGCGCAGGCUGCCCCCCAACGUGACUGCCACCCUGCUGCAGCUCGAGCCGGACAAGGUGUACCAGUUUGCCGUGGCUGCGCACGGCGUGUCGAAUGCUUCGGAAAUGGCCUGGACGUCCUGCGUGAUCCCAGUUUCCAAAGAGCUGGAGAAGAUCACCCAGGUUUCGCUGGAGAGGGACGGCCCCCAUUCGCUCCUGAUGCGGUGGCAGCUGGAAUGCAGUGCCCUCAAGUCCUUUGUGGACGGCUACCAGAUCGAGGCGUGCGCCGUGGCCGACAAGUACCGCAACAUGGCACUGCACGACGCCGCCGAUCCCAGGGCCCGGGGUUCGAUUUCAGCUGAGCUCAUUGGUUGCCAGUACAGCAGGUAUGACCCUCAGAGCUGCAAAGUCUACAACGUGACCAACGCGGAUGCUGAGGAACGUCUCCUAGAUGGUCUGGACACAAACUCGGUCUACCGGGCCGUGGUCCGCGCCCUCUCCAACGGAAGACUGACGGACGACAGUCCGGUGCAGUGUGCCAGGACGGAGUCUGUUGGUCCCGCCAUCUCAUUGGUCAUUGGAGUGGCAGUGGGAGGGGCUCUAGGACUGACUGUGCUCGUCCUUGUCCUGUAUCUGCUGGCACGAUGGAUGAAGAAAAAGGUCGACAUGAUUAAAGAGAUCAAGAUUCAGCUUCCCGACGGGUUGGACUCUGCAAAUGCUAACCAGAUGCACAGCUACAAGAACAUGAGGAACGGGUCUGUCCACCGGGGCACGGAUGCCAAUCCCAGCCCCCACAUUCCCUAUGGCAGGAUGGGCUGCUUUUCCGCCGCUGACCACGCUCCUAAGAAGCGCCACGACUCUGGCCAUUCUCAGGGCAGCAGCUCUUCUACGGACGAGUUGCUGUACAAGAAGACCCGACGCACCGACACCCCGGGUCGCAACCCCAGCGGGGACAGCAGCGGGGGCAGCACCAACGGCCACGACAGCCUCGUCUCAGCCGGCACGGCACGCACCUCCUCCCUGUGCGACUCCGGCGCCGAGAGCGACCCGGCCGCACCCCCUUCCCCGGACUGCGUCCUCCCUACCCACAACACCACGCCCCGUUGCCGCCCCAACCUCCCCAAGCUGGACGAGGAUAAGGACCGUGAGAGCCAGGACUCCGGAUUAGACACUGCCGGCAACGCUCCGAGAGCUCUGCCGUCCGCGCCGAACGACGGUCCAUCUCAAGAGCCGUACAGCAAGUUGGCUGUCUGUGCGGCCGUCGCGGAAACGCCGGGUCUCCAGAGCCAGCUGCUCGCGAGCAGUGAGCCCUCGCUGCUCGACAUUCCGGGCGGCUCGCCGCAGCGCGUGCGGACGCCGUCAGCGCCCUACAGCAAGUUCGGCCUGGCGAGGAGCAGCGACGAAGUGAUGCUGCCGGGGCCGUACUCCGUGUGUCGGUCGCCGCCUCCGCCGUCGGCCGCAAGAAGGAGGGAGGGCGGCCCGCCAGCGAUGCCGUACUCGCAGCUCGCGCUCCGCGGCGGAGUCCCACCCUUUUUGGGGACGGGAGGCAGGGACCUGACGGUCGGGAUGAUGUUGGAGCAGCCCAGGGUCCUGCCGCACAUCAAGGACAUCUCGGCGCCCGUCCGCGCGGCGAUGCCGCCGAGCGGCUACGUAACCGUGGGGCAAGCCAUGAAGGUCCAUCCGGCGGAUUCGUCAUCCGCGGGACCCGGCUACUCGAAGCUGGGGAUCCAGCCGCCAACGAAGACCCCGCCGACGGAUUCGGGGUACGUUCCCCUUCACCACAUGGUAGGGGCACCAAACGGAUGUGGCCCGUACGUGCCACCGUACGAGGGCGUCCGGCCCGACGCUUCCUACGACGGAGAGUCGUCCUCGGACGACGUGGCCAUCGGUGCCGGCGAGAACAGCAACGACGCAUCGCUGGAGGACUUCUCGUUCUCGAGCACUUCGCCUCCCGGUGAACCCGCCGACUGUUUACUCUCGGGUGAGGGGCGCCCGUUCCCCUUGCAGACGCUCUCGCCGGUGCGUGCGGCGCCGGGUUUGGGGUACGUGUCAGCCGCAGCCGUUUUGAAGUGUCCAUUUGACGAACCGAGCGGCGGAAACAGUGCGUCCACGAACGGAUAUGCGCCGGCGCAGUCUGCUGCGAGGGGUCCGCAGCCGGCUGACGACUACGUGUCUCACAACGCAGCCAUCGGCUGGGGACGUUCCGCGUCUGGGGACAGUGCGGACGGGUCCGACGGAUCUCCGCAUCCGUCCGACGGCGCGACGAACGGUUACGUGUCGCUGCCGGUGGCGAUGGACGUCGCCAGCCCGAGGAGCGUGACGGUUGGUUACGUGCCAGGUGUGAAAACGGGUUCCUCGUCUGCUAGGGUGGACUGUUCCGUGUGAUUUCGGCCGAAGGACUAGACGGAAAGUUUUUUUCCGCGGGGCUGAACAAGCUCUGUAGUGCGGGUGUUUGGUUUUCUGUUGCGGAGACUGCUCGCACUUUGUUUGCCAAGCAUGCCGUGGCUUCAAUCGAGGGCAGGGAGAAUUCACCUUUUUUUUUUAUUCCUUGUUUUAAUUUUUUUCAGUCUAGUCAGUACAGGGAGCUUCAUUCUUGGUCGGGUCGACCGUCUCCGGGAUUUUUCGAAGCUCGUGGCACGAACAAGUUUUUUGGGUUUUUUUUUACGUUGUUUACUUGAAAGGGAGGGAGUUAGAGGGGGCGUGCACUUGUUUGUUGGAUGGGAAACGUCUGAAGUGAGUCUAGCUUUGCUCAAAGCUGGAGAUGCUUUUUUUUUUUUGACAAGAUAGCAAUUUUAGAUCAAACAGGGGUAUUUUUAGUGUUGUUGCUCUCGUUUUUCUUCCGGUAUUGAAUGCAAAGAACAGGUUGGUUUGUUGAGUGAGCGGGCAUAUCAUUCGACUCUUUCGUGCCAAAUAGACUGCGGUCUCUUCAGCGUUUUCUGUUUGCAAUGCGUAGCAGUUUUAGUUGGGUGUGAAGGAUGCUAACAGGAUUUCUUGUACGAGCCCAUUUGUGGACUCCUUGUGCACCUUGUACCCUCUGCGCGGAUUCCACAGUUUUUUCCUGGCAACCUCUCGUGGCCAACACUAGCUGUGCCUGUGUCGCGAUUGUGCAAUAUGUUUCACAAGAACGGUUUCCUCACAAACCUUAGCUUACAAAGUCGUUUGAGCAUGUUCUCGCAAAACACAACAGUCCUUUUCUCUUUUUCUUUCUUUUUUUUGUGUGAACAUCCGCACGAGUUUAAGGUCGAUCUUAGAGUACAGCCGAGAUGAAAGGAUGUAAAUUAUUUUUCAAAACAUUCUCAAACGAGUGUUGCGCGACAACUCUGUGCCGCCCCGGAAAAAACAAGAAACGCAAGAAGGGAAAUCAUCUUGUACAAACUUCUCAUCGUCCCUUCACCGUCUUGGAGGUGCCGUUUCCUUUCCAAAGGUUCAAACUAAACAUUCUAGUACAUCUGGGCGUACGCUUUGUGCGGAAUUUUGGUUGGGUGCACUCCGUAUUGCUCUCUUCAGUGUUCCGUCACACCUGAAAGAAUCCAUCUGUGAAUAAUCCAUUGCAUAUUUGGUGCAUCCUUUUGUAAGCUGUGUGUCAGGGUUGAGCGGGCUUUCGCCGGAAAACGUGGUUCGGACGAAUCAACGAUAGUUUAGACAAGUGGCUGCCCUUGCAAUGGUAUCCAUCACCGUAAGAAUGGGUCUGGGCUUUUGGUGUGUGUGUGUGUGUGCGUGUAUAUGCGUGAAGUCUGCUCCUCUAGAGAAUUGUGCCACGCAACUAUGGAGGCAAGUGGUAGCAGCUGUCAUCGCAGCAGUUUGUUCCAGUCCGUCAUGGUUCUCGGGUAGUGCGCGGAUGUAGCAAGCGCACGACAGGAACCCCGCAUAAUCCGCUCCUUUUGCCUUAGUCGUUUGCGUUAUCCCGGACGGCUCGUGUUUCACGUGUGGAGAGAGGGGACUGGACAGCGGGCUAAUUUAAAGCAAUCUUUUUGUUUUUUUUGCUCUGCAUCGGUGUACAGUUCAAAAAAGUGUAGCAAGCGGCACUUGCCUCCAGGCCCUCUCAUGUUUUGCGGAAGUCAACAUUGCGAACGAAAGUACAAAAAAAAAAAAGAAUCGACGGGGAAGGACUUUUUGCAAGAGUUACUAUUUCCGUUUUUCGUUGUCUCUUGUCGCCAGAACUUCCCCCCCCCCCCCCCCUCCACUCCCAUAUUGUGCCGGGGACUCUGCGAAGAAACGCAUAAGUCCGCAAUUGCCCGGCGCACGUUUUUUGUUUGUUGUGCGCAUAUCACGUUGUGUAUGGUCGAGGCUGUCACCUGGUACAGCUUGUGAAAGAGCAUAAUUAUAAUAUACAACUAAGGUGCCUGGCUUCCUUGCCUAGUAUUUGAGACGAACCAUGAAAUAAAAUUGUUACAUGGUAA